CCCGGCAUUUCACGUCAAAUCCUCGUCUCGUCAACUCGUCAAUAACUCCCUUAUCUAUUUACUAUUAAAAUAACAUUAUAAAAAUAUUUGUGACCUGUGGUUGUGCUGUGACAUUAUUUUUUAAGUUUCAUUUCUCCCGGAAAUCAAUAAAUAAGCAAUGGCUCGUGUGUGCAUAAUCGGAGCGGGCGCUGCUGGUCUCUGCGCCGCCCGUCACAUCCUCGUGGAGUCUUGCGUCUCCCAAGUGGACGUCCUGGAGCAGGCUGGCCAGCUCGGAGGCACUUGGGUGUACACAGAAAAUGUUGGCUACGAUGACUUCGGUCUACCUAUACAUACCAGCAUGUACAAAAGCCUCAGAACCAACCUUCCAAAGGAGAUCAUGGGUUUUCCAGAUUUCCCCGUUCCGGAGAGCGAAAAGUCGUACCUCCCCGCUAAAGACAUGCUCGCAUUCCUGCAACUUUACGCCGACAAGCAUGGAGUGACGCCACACAUCAAGUUCAAACACCAUGUUCAACAAGUGAUGCCGAAAAUGGGUCCAAAAGGUGAACUCUGGGAAGUAACCUACAAGAAUAUGAUCACAUUAGAAUCGACGACCAAGGAAUAUGAUUACGUGGUCAUCUGUAAUGGACACUACAAUACUCCAUUCAUUCCUAGUAUACCAGGGCUCAAGAAAUUCGAAGGUGACGUCAUGCACAGCCACGAUUACCGAGUACCAGAAAUAUUCACCGGCAAGAAGGUACUAGUGAUCGGCGCUGGACCUUCCGGCAUGGAUAUCGCUCUGGAGGUCACCAGCGUAUCCCCACGGAUCAUCCUCAGUCAUCACCUCAAAGAACAGCCCCGUACCGUCUUCCCAGACAAUCUAGUCCAGAAGCCUGAUGUAAUAAAACUGGAAGGACGCAAAGCAUUCUUCCAAGAUGGAACUGUUGAGGAGAUUGACGUAGUCUUCCUUUGUACUGGCUACUUAUACAAUUUCCCGUUCCUCCACGAGUCAUGCGGCAUCGUUGUAGAGGACAACUGCGUUGAACCGCUGUACAAACACCUGGUCAACAUCAACCAUCCCAGCAUGUGCUUCAUCGGCGUUCCUUACUACGUCUGCGCUUUCUCCAUGUUUGAUUUACAGGUACGAUACUACGUACGUUCAAUGAACGGCACCUUCAGUCUACCAACGAGGGAGCAGAUGGUGGAACACUGGGAGGAAGAGAAGAAAAACAGGGCCGCCAGGGGAUACACCAAACGGCAAGCGCACAUGAUGGGGCCAGAUCAGGCUAGCUACUACGUGUCUCUAUCAGAAGAGAGUAAAGCUACAGCUCUUCCACCUGUCUUCACCAAGAUCCACAACGACAGUAGUGAUAAAUUCAUCCAUAACUUGACGCAUUACAGAAACGAUGUGUACAGAAUCAUCGAUAACCAUAACUUCAUUUGCAAUUAGUAGUAUCGCAGGGCAUAAUUUUGGGACCCCUAUUAUCAAAUGUGUACGUUUAUCUAUUGUAAUGGUCAUUUUAGUUAAUGUUUAUGCUAAUAUAAUCCUUAUUACUCAUUAAUAUAACGAUUAUAUUUAAUAAUUUAAAAUAAUAAUUAGAAAUUAGCAACAUAAAAGUAUAUAUGCUUAAUAAAUAAAAGAAUUCAUUCUGUAAGAACUUAGUUCAUAUAUUCCUGUAUAAUCAUAACUAUCAUUUUAUAAUAAUGUCCUUUUAUUAUUAAUUAAACAAUAUCAUGUGAAGUAAAAAUUAUUAUUUGAUACUUAAUAAAACUACCAGCUCAUAUCAAUGUAGUCUAACCCUUUUUUGCUCUGAAUGAAA